AUGAGAGUAACUAAUGACGACGGUACGAUUGACAAUGCCGUAACCGACUUGUUGGACACGCCACUUCCCGACGGUAGACAGCUUGUUAAUUGUAUGUCCACCGCAUUAGUGCUUCUGCGCGAAUGUGAGCAGGUGACGCCUGAUGACGAUGCUAUUAAACAAAAUAUCGAAAGCGUCAAAAGAGAAAAGACAAACUUUCAAGACUUGUGCCACAAGUCUUUAAGGCAUAGCAUGAAAUUGGCUGACCAUGCUGAUGAUGCUGCAAUAUACUUUCAAUGUAUAUUGGAAUUGGAAGGUGGUUGUCCCCAAAGCUUUCUGGAGGCAUUCAGUAAUCUACUUGAAAAUGCUCAGUCGUUACGAAGCGAAGCCGAAGAGCUGAAAAUGGGAUACAAAUCGAUUAUCGAAAAACUUCAAGAGACCAAACAAAACCUGGAGGAAUGUCAGGAACAGUUGGAGUUUUGUAAAAAGUUGGUCAAUGAAUCAAGCCGUUCUCUGACCGAACAGUUGGCAGAGGCAAAUAAACAGAAGGAGAAGAUGCGGGAGAAUGUGAAUACAUUUUUUGAAAAUGUCAUGUUCUGUAUUGCACCUGUGAUGAGGUGGGAAAUGUUAAUAGCUUUGCCUCUAGUAAAACCAUAUAUUCUCAAACUUGUGGAUGCGUUCACGAACGGAGACGCAGUGAAAAUAAAAAAGCUGUUAGAACCGAUUCACUCGGGCAUAAAUCGCCUCAGCAAGGAUCAGAACGAUCUCAAGUUACUUAUUGUUAAUAUCUGCAAUAUAAACUACCAGAUCCAAAUGUUUGAAACUUUCUGGUCGGCUCAAGUGAUGGCGUUGGAAGAAAUCAUUUGCAGAUUUCAACGGCUUCCGCAGACAUCGCAAACCUUGCAGCUGUUCCCACCAACUGUCACUGCACUAAAGAACAAGUAUACAGAAUUAAAAGAGGAUUGUAUGAAAUACAGUAGCAAUUGUCAACUCGUCCUAGAUAAAGAUGCCUUAGCUACAAACUAG